UGCCUGUCCCGGCCCCACUGUCUGUCUGCCUGUCCCGGCCCCACUGUCUGCCUGUCCCGGCCCCACUGUCUGCCUGUCUAUCUACCCCGUCUGUACCGUCCCGCCGUCUGACUGUCUAACUGCCCAGUCCGCCAGGCGACGGCCACCGACCCGCUUAGUGGAGCAAAAUGGCUGAAUGCAAAUCCAAAUCAGUAAGAGGAGCAGCGAAGGGUGACCGGGCAAAGGAGAAAGGAGCCAAACACCACAUGUCUGAUUCAAACGGCACCCCUGAUGGGGAUGCUGCUACACCCCAAGAACUCAGUUCCCUGGAAGAGGCCUUCAGGAAAUUUGCUAUUCUUGGAGACACAAGAGCCAUGGGUAGAGAUAUGAACGGCAAAAAUUGGUCAAAAUUGUGUAAAGACUGUAACAUCACAGAUGGAAGGAACGUGACGAUCACGGAUGUUGACAUUAUGUUUUCCAAAGUCAAGCCAAAGUCUUUUAGGACGAUCAACUUUGAUCAAUUUAAAGAUGCCCUUCAAGAGCUCGCACAGAAGAGGUUUAAAGGGAAAAACGAAGAAGAAGCAAUCCAAGAGCUUCACAAGUUGAUAGAAGGAAACUCCCCCGUGAUAUCAGGGAUUACGAAAUCUGUACUAUCUCCUGCACUGACUCGACUCACCGACACCUCAAAGUUUACCGGCUCCCACAAGGAAAGGUUCGAUCAGAGCGGGAGAGGCCGAGGAAAAGCGGGCCGGGAAUACCUGGUUGAUGAUACCGGCUACGUGGUGGGAUACAAACAUGCAGGAACGUAUGACCAAAAAGUAAAAGGAGCAAAACAGAAUUAAAUUAUUUUAAACAAAGGCACCGAUUCCACCACAAAUGUUCCUACUCCCACAAUGCCCUUGCCUGUAAGAAUCAGAAGUAGGAACCAAAUCAUUGUUCAUUUCAACUUAUCUCCUGUUGGCACGGAAAAUUGGCACCUCCUCUCACCACCUUGCCUUGGAUGGUUCUGAGAAUCUUUCAUCCUUUUACAAUGACUCGCAGGGAACAAAUACAUGUAUUACUGUGAAAGGUGUGAAUAUCCUGAUUAAAAUGACCAAUCUUCUAAUGGACACCUACAGAUAAGUGUCACAAGGAAUGUUGUCACCAUUUCAUUUUGAUGCAGUCCACCUAGAUCAAUAGUGAGAAUUCAAUGUAUUUCCAUGUUGACAUCUGGAACUGCUGCUGUGGCUUGAAAUAGAUGUUAGUGGACAGUGCAAAACUGCUUUGUGUUACUAAAUGCCCUUUGAAAAGUGCUUAAAUGAAACAAUGGAAAGGAAUGUACAAGGGACUGAAAGAGAAAAAAAUGUUUUUGCAGAUAAAUGUGUAGGAUUCAAAGAACAUUUCUUGCCCAAGGGGAUUAACCUGCCCAAUUAAUUUCAGUAAUGUACAAUGCUCUUCCGAUACGUCUUCCUUCUGAUCUAUUAAGAGUCCUUUCACUUCGAGAUGUUGGAUGCAUGAUUUUGACCCGAACCAUCGACCAUUCCUUUCCAACCACGGAUGCUGCUCAACCCGCAGAGUUCCUCUAACAAAUGGGGAUUCAAGGAACUGCAGAUGCUGGUUCACAAACAAAAAAGACACAAAGUGCUAGAGUUACUCCAGAACUUUGUCUUUCUUUCCUCCAAACAGAUUGUUUGUUGCAAUGAAAAGGACUAGUCUGUUGUGAUCAGAAAAGCAGACUUUGAAAGGAUGGAAACAUGGAAGAGUAAUACAAAUGUUGGUCUUCACGCAUCUGAGGUUUGUCCUCUGGCUUACUGUACAAGAUUAAUUUCACAGUCACUGAAUGACUUUCUCUAAAGGGAAAAUACAUAAAUGUUAAUAAGUCAUCUGUAAUCAUCACAAGUCUCUGAUAGAUAACACUUGCAUCCCUUAAUGAUGUGUGUGAUUGAAA